AUGUCGGUCCCAUCGCCUCCGGCGCCCCAGACAAACUUCACAUUGGUUUGUGUGCGACGCCUGGAGCAAGAAGUUGUCCCUGAUGGUGGGGAGCUUUCUCUCUCCCAUGACCGCUGCUUGCUUUCACGUGUCGACGGAGAUGGCAGGUGCAUCUGCUACUCUUGCGAUAACACACGGCCAGAGUUCAGUUUGUCCAAGCCAGUGGCUGAGGAGGUCUCCACAUGUGUUUGGCAACACAUACCGGCAGAAACACAGGUAGACUUGUCCAAGAACGCGUUGUCAGAGUAUCCCGGCGUGGCAUGCUUGGUGGCUUUGCACCGGGACAAUGCGGCGUUGACUUGCUGCCGCUUCGUGGGCAUCGAGACUGCGGAUGCGGAGGUCAACACAUCAACGGUGGAGCUGGAGCACGACCCCGAAGAGCUGGAGCGUGGUAUGCCCCUGCUGAAGUGGUCGGAGGAGGAGGUUUUCGGAGAGAGGAGCAGCUCGAAUACGGUCUGGAAGCACUCCGUACCCUUGUUUCUGCUCCUACGGUUGCUUCCGGCGUGCCGUGAACACCUCGCAGCAGCUGCAGCGGCUCUGGCGGCUGAGGAGGCAGAUGCGCUUGACGCAGGUGCUAAGGGAGUGGACACUGCGGCCGAAUGGUACGAAGGCGAGGAGUCGGCCAUAAAGACAUGCAAGACUCUGCAUGUCCGAAUCAGUGUCGCAACGGCGCAAACGCUUGUUCUGAUCCUCGAUGAUGCUGUUGCCACCGUGCUGAGUUUCAGAUGGAAAGGUGUGUUUGCAACCCACUGUUUCUACAUGCAGCGCUUAUGUCCAUCACCCCAUACAGAUCAGAGGCGGACAUUGACUCGAUUCUCCGAUGUUCGCACCUGUCGCGACUGGAUUUUCGCAGUGACGCCUCAGCCAUCAGUACGCUUGCUGAUGUGGCACACGUCUGGUGUGGCUUUCCAUGCGAUACUUCUGGGGGAGUAUCUUCCGGAGGAAAUCAACUUUGUCACACUUGCGGUUGCCCGAGACCUGCUUGCAGUUGCGCUUUGUGAUGAUCGCCACAGAAUAUGGGUGAUUUCUUUGGAUCGCUACUUUGAAGCCUGUCCCAGAGGUUUGGACUGGGACCUGUUGAAGGAGCGACAUCGCUGCACCGAAGGCGUCGGCGUGAUGGGACAGACAAGCAAGCUCUACCAGGAGCUGACCGUGUUUCCAGAGGCCUUUGGCUUGCGACAGGAAGUGCGGCUGGCAGAGCCCUCUGCGUCGCUGCCCGGGCGACAGGCAUAUGCGACGGCUUCAGUCAUGGACUGCCUGGUCGAGGGCGUCCCAACAUACGGCAUCUCCUUGCCUGGAGGAGCAUAUGGCAUCGGUGAUCACUUUCUCGACAACUCGGAUCCUCGAGGGGCCGAGGACAGUGAUCGGAUGCUCGGCAUGGCUGCUGGCAGCAGCAGCAGCUUUAGCCGCGAUGCGGGAGGUCUGUCUCAAGACGGGGGAGUCACGCGCUGCAUGCCAUUUGCAUGGCAUGAGCGAAUCUUGCAGACUCGUGAUGAGUGGCUGGAGGUCGACAGGCCACGGGCCUUCCUUCCAAUCGGCCGUGGUUCGACGGCAGCGAAGGCUGCGGCGGGGCCUGUGAUGCCAAAGCAUGUCCUCACUGGAUUCAGCGUACCAGCACAGCACCGACUAGGUGACGAUGACCUGAAUUACAAUCUGUGUGCUGCAGUACAUCGUCAUGCCCAGCGCGAAUAUCAGAAUCGCCUCCCGCCCUGGCUGGUCAGCAUUUCCUUGCCUCGCAGAGCGAAGCGGUUCAACCCCCCGCAGCUCGGUUCCGUCGGCGUGGACAAGGAAGAUAGUUCCGGCUCCGAGCUCGUCGCGGAGGAGACCGAGAACGGUGAUGCCAAAUCUUCUGGCAGCUCUGUCGAGGAGCUGCAUCAACAAGCUUCCUUGGAGGCUCUGCGGCAGGAGCUUCAGCGAGGUGGCAUCAAAGGCCCACAGAGGAGACGACCACGCCGCAGAGUGCGCCCUGGUCACAUCGAUUUAGCAGUCGCUUCGUCGCAUGUGUUCUGCGAGAUCUGGGAGUCUACAGGUUCAAAGGUCGGUAUGGAGACCAAGCCACCGGACAAAGGUCCCUGGAGACUGGUCGUCAUUCCUCGUUCAGGCUGUGAAGGCCGGAGCUGGAUCGGAGGAGGCUCCGAGGACGACCUAUCCGGUGCGCUGUCAGAUUCCGUCGCAGCAGCAGCUGCUGCGGAAGAGGACGGCAGUUCACCAGUGGUGAUGGACGAGGUGGUGGCAUUCAGCAGUCGAGAUGCGUGGAGAUCACUUCUGACACAGAACCACAUUUGGUAUCUAUUGUCGCAAGGUCGCUCGUUGCAUGUGCUGCUGCUUAGCCAGUCGCCUGUCCGUGUUGUCACCAACUUGUUGAUAUUCGAGAACCGCACGAAGGCUGCGGCACUCUGCGCACUGAAUGGUUGGGACGCGAAGCAAUUGCCAUUGCUUACUCUGUUUCUCGGCUUGCGCUUCAGAGAGCUGGAUGAGAUCCGCCAAAGCCUGGGCUUGCUGCGGCCCGACCAGGAGAUGCAGGGUUGUCAAAUGGUCAUGGACUUUAUUCAUUCUGGGUAUUCGUGCGCGACGAUGGUGCCAUCCUUCUCGCCGCCUCAACGGGAAAGAACGUCGCUUGCGAUGCCAAAGCUGAUGGAGCCUCCGGCAGUCGCUGAUGUUCCGCAGCUGCCAUCGGAUCGAAGCUUCGUUUCCAGACUGCUGGAACAAGCCAUGCAGUUCGUCACCAGAUUGGUGCAGACCAGAGUUGUCCAGAUCCGCGAGUGCAAUGGUGCGUGCCGUGCCCUCACCUACCUGCAGCCCGCCCACGCGUCUGCAGAGCCAGAGAGGUAUGCGCUGAUGGUGUACGAGCUUUCGCAGCUCACAGUCUUCAUGCAGUCCCUCCGGAACAUCCAACAGCAGCUGGUGCGAUCGUUUGGUGAAGAAGCUGCAUGUAACAGUGGCAUCGUGGUGCGGUGUCCAGGCCGACGCAAUGAUGACCUUGGACGUUUGAAGACAGGGGCGGCUGCAGAUGCAAGUUUGUCGCUCGCCGCAAAGCUCCAGGGUGAUCGUCCAUCCUUGCCUUUGACGCAGUUGCGUACCACUGAGGGCACGGAGGCCAUCGUGCGAAGUGCCUUGAUGAGCGGACGCAUCUCUUCGGCUUUGAACUUGUUCCACGAGCUGAAGGAAACUGAUGCAGGCUCAGGCAAUGUCUUCGAGGAGUUCCGGGUAACGGCCGGCAGGCUGGCAUACCAACUGGUCUGCAACCAGCAGCUGGACUUCCUCUUUGUUGCAAUGCACAUGCUUCGCAACGUAGGAGAGAACGUGAAUCGUUUUUUCAAGGCUGUUGCUUUUCACACCUCCAAGCGCUUGGUGCGCCGACGUCUCUUGCGACAUGUUGGGCACAUGCGGCGACUCUCGAAAGAGGAACAAGCACUCAUUUCUUUGGUAAAUCUGCUGGAGAGGCUUUACACCAAUCCCUGCUACACCACCGAGUUCAACAGAAUGACCACCGGCCUAACGACGGGUCAGUACCCACAGCGAGCUCACAGCGGGUCUGUGCCGCCUUUCUGCUCUUGGCCGGCAGGUGGCCAGCCCAUGUUGCUUGUGGGACUUGUCUGUGAUGGUGCUAUUGGCGGCCACAUUGCUGCCCGCCGUCCGGACGAAAAAAGUCUUGUUGGCGAGGCCGGAAGGGACGUUGCACAGGGUCCGGCGGCGCUUCAGCACUGGGUGGACACCCGUGGCGGUGGACCGCAGUAUUUCGAGCAACAGACGAGCUUGCGGGAACUGCCGAUGGCACAGCGCAUGCCCUUGGAGCUCUAUGACAUGUGGUCUGGAUACCAGACGCCAGCAAUGGCCGCAAUGCUCGAGAUGUCUCCGAGAGCACGAAAGGGAUGGGCCAGCAUGCCUUGCGGCGAUGUUGAAGACUUAGAUGCAACACCUGUGCUGGGCCUGUCGAACUUUCACAAAGGAUCCAACCUUGCGCAGGAUGUGCAUGGGGACGAUGUCGCCGAUAUGCGCGAACAAGCAGACGAAGGUGACACAGAGAUGCUGAACAGCCUGGAGUCGGCGCCGCUUGCUCGGGCCAGCUGCCGUCGCUGCCGACUGGAGGGGCCGCAGGAUGAGGACACCCCUUUGAGUGCUGAUUUGUCGCACUCAGAAGGAUUCCUGGAGGCCCUGGGCUUGGACGAGGGCGGCCCCAAGAGCCACACCAUGGGAUAUCUCCACGUAACGCUUGCUUGGAUGCGGCAGUGGAGCUGGGAGACGCGGGCACGGAUCGUGAUGGAGAAGACUCACUUCUGGCCCCGCUUGGUUGAGCCACUGCCCUGGUUGCAGCCACCUGCUGAAGCUGGGCCGCCAGCCAAAGCGUGGCAACACUGCUGGCUGAACUUCCUCGUUGCCCACCAGGAUUGGCGAGGCCUUGCAGCUUGGGUGAGAUCGCUUCCCUUCUCAGCCUCGGACUGUGUGGAUGCACGCGGCAAGAGCUGCGUGGACUUGGAGAAGCUCGAGCAUCGUGGUCUCCGCUUCUGCACGUCCUAUGCGCGAGAGGUCCUUCUGCAGCAGCUGGGCCGCCGAGGAAUCUUUUGCAGCGGUGAUACGCAGGACUUCCAUGCGCUUCUGUGCCGUCUGACGAUUUGCGGCAAGCUUUUCGGCGACGGAAUGAGCCUAGAGCCAUCAAAGGGACGUGAAGUGACGCUGGCAUCUAAGCUGCCUAGCUCUGACAGCGAUGAGGGAUCAUUGCCACUGGACCAUUUGCUGCCGGUGGGAACAGUGAGUCCUUUCCACUGCUUCUUCAUCAACUAUUGCAUCGACAACGACCUGCCCGCGCUUCUGCUGCUGUACCUCCAGCGCUACAACUUGGCCACGACCAUGAGCACCCUCAAGGAGCUCCACAUUCAACAAUCGCAGCGGUCGUGGGCUCCACUACUCCUCGUCGGACGCCUUGGCAAUCCCCAUCUCUUCGCUGCAUCUUUGCACCAUGCCGCUUCCGUUUGUCCAUCUUCAGAUGCUUCCUUUACCAGAUUUGUGAAGGAAGAUGCCGAGGGAGUGCCAUUUAUGCCACUGGGGGCCUUGGCAGACUCCAGGCCAAUCGCAUUCCUGGCAACCUUGAUGUUUGCGCCAGUUGCGUGUGCCCUCGAGCUCCUCAAGCUGGACAAGGACUGCCCAUGGGCGGUUAGCAAGCAGACCCUUCAAAAGGCUGUAGCGGCAUAUCCUGCUCUGAGCGAAGCAUUUCUGUCGAACCGCAUCGAGGAUGACACAAAGGAGACUCCAGCAGAAAGCCACAAGUAUGGCAGAAGCCUCGUGGAGGCAGUGGCCGAGGCUUGCUCUUGCCAAGGCAAGACGGAGAAUCGGAUGAUGCCCAAGGAAAUCUUGCCUCAGCUUGAGAUGCAAGGAGCAGCAGGCACCGGUGGAGAGAGGCACAUGACGGUCGAGGAAAUGGCAACCUUCAAGGGAGACAUCGCGUUGUCAACGCUUCUGAGCGAUGUCGCGUCUUUCGAUGUUGUCCAAGUCCUAGAUCGACUCUGCAUCUUUGAAGAAUGCGAGGUGCUCAACCUGGCACAAUUGGCGGAUACGGACGAGCACUUUCCCGAUGAGCUGGAGGAAAGUUACUUUUUGUCCCAAGGAAGAGCCAUGAUGGCAUAUCAUGUCUUGAUGACGAACUGCAAGCGGCAGUUGAAGGCCGGGGAGGAACUCCGAUUUCCACUGGCUUUGGCUGCAGAGGAUGCCCGUCGUCUGCGGAAAGCAGCAAAGUCUGUCGCAUUGCACAAUCUGCUGAAUGAGGGGGUCGUCUCCAGUGCAGUUUGCCUUUUGGAGCUCUGCGGUUUGGAGACAGAGAAGUUGCGAGUGGAUGUGGAAGCAGCGAAGCGAAUCUAUUCCCACACUGUGCAUCAAAGUCGAAGCGCGGGCGAAGACCGUCAGCGAGCUGCAGCUGCUAGCGUGAUUCAGUUGUUCAUGUCCUUCCCUGACACAGAAGAUGCAUCUGCGAGUGCUGCUGCCGAGGCGGCAAUCAGCUCUCCCCACUUGUUGAAUGCUCUGCGCAUGCUGGAAGAAUCCACCUGGGCCUUAGAUCCUCAUCCAUCGGCUCCAACGGCGUCUUCCAUCCAGGCUUUGGGUUAUGAUCUGCCUUGGCACCUCGUGGCAUUGUUCUGCCGAGUACACUCCUUGCCGCGGUCACUCACUCUUCUUCACGAACUCGCACGGAACAAUGACUGGGUUAUGUUCUUGUAUGAGAGCGACUUGCAGCAGUGCCCUGCAGAGACGGUGCUUGACAUUGUGGGCGGCUAUUUCACCGAAGUGCCUCUGCAGAACCAUCUGCAAAUUCUUGCCAACUCGAUUGCUGCACAAGAGCAAGGACAGCAAGAGCAGCAAGGGCAGCAAGGGCAGCAAGGACAGGGAAGACGUGAAGAGAGAGGUCGGAGUGGCAAGGUGGAUGACCCGAGUGUGCCGGCCGAUGCCAUCAGCUUCUUGGAAAGAAGCCGCUCGCUCCGCUCAACCGGCAGCUCCAUGAGUUUAGGACUAUUAGGCCAUGCGCUCCUCCACAGAAAGGCAAGGCUCGCGGUUGUGGCUUCGGCCUUCAGCGAUGUGACCUACCUUCAAUGCAUGGCAGUGUGGCUCACCGUGAAUGCAGAACGACUUCGGGAUAAUCAGGUGCCAGAUGCUGUUGUUGGCCCCUUGCCAUCGCCGGCGGCAAGUCCGGGCGAGGUAGCCGUGCAGAUUGCAAGCCUCUGUCGACAGCGUCAUGCGUUCUCCUUGGUUCUUCGAGCCCUCAAGAUCUUUGAUCCGGAGAAUCCGCUCAUCGAUUUUGUUUGCUUUCAUCGGGCAUUUGUGCAGUGUCGCUUCAAGAGCUGCCGAGAGCAUUUGCGUCGCUUCGUCGGGCGACGCCAGGAGUCUGGAACAUCGUGCGCACUGGACUUCUCGCCACAUGUUGAACGACUCAGCGAAGACAUGGUAUGGUACCUUCUGGAUGGUUUUCCCAGGUCUCGCAUGAUGUUGUUAUCAGUGCUUGAUGAAGCCGGCUUUUCUCCGCGCUUCUCGCUGCUUUUCAGCGCCUACAGGCUGAUCCAACAGACCGGUUUGGAUGUUGACUUCCGGGUGCCGAGUACAGAACUGCUGCAGUUACUCAUCUCGAAGAAGAUGUUCUCCGAAGCCAGAGAAUGGGCCAAGCAGAGUGGUGUGGCUGGGGACACCGUCGUUUUCGAGGAAGUGACGGGUAUGAUCGUCGAGUUUCGGCAGGGAGCCUGGUGGAAUGUGCUGGCAGAGAGAAUUCAACUCUGGCACAAAUGCUUCAGUGCCUUCAUGCGUCAAAGCCCUCCUGUGGGAUCUGCAAACUUUUUCUUGGAUAUCACUGCCAAGCUGGAGCCGGAUCUCUUCGCACGGGAGCAGUUGGUCCUUCUCUCCAUUGCCCGGGAGCUUCUCUUGAUUCAACACAGCGCAGCACAGGUCACGUCCUCGCACGAAGAUCAUCUCGAGCAGCUGAAGGUGAGCCUGCUUCUCAUUCUGACGGGCACGGCGCCGGAUUUGACGCCGGAUUUGGAACUGUGCCCUCUGGACCUGUCCUACAAGACCAUAUGCGCGCUGGUGCAUCGGAUCCCAGACCAAGUAAAUGCUUUGCCACUCUAUGGCAUGGAGGGUGCGUUAAUGACGAGCGCGAGGGCCAAUUCGUCCUUCGGCGCAGGGCCUUCGGCCAAGGAGGGUCAGGGAGGGUCAGUCUUGGAUGCACAGCAAAAAGGCCCACGCGGCGAGUUAAUCCCUUUCCUGGAGACCGGGAUCAGUUCUCUCAUCAAUCGAGACGAACUGAUGCUGGCAGACCAGCUAGCUUCAGGUUUUGGAUAUGAAAGUUCAGAUCAAAAACUGGCCGCGGCUCUCUCUUCAAUUGCUGGUGGCAAGCAUUUGGAGGCUGUGCAUCGCUUGAAAUCUCAGCAGUCGCCUUUAGAGCCGAGUGAUUCAGCCCUGACAGCUGCCGAGCAAGGCGAUGCAGAACCGUUGUUGAAUGAGUUGGGAUCGCACUGCUCAGACAGGAUUGCCCUGUACUGCCGUCGCUGUAGGGUUUUCUACUCGGUGUCCAGAAACAUCGGAAUGGACUAUCAAGAGGUUGAGAAGGUGGAGCCCACCAAACUGUUGUCUUUGCUUCUCAGCCCUCAGCCCUACUGUGCGGACAUCGAGCUGUGUAGGAAUCUCAUCACAGGCUUCCCGAGGCUUGAUGCCGUGGCUGUGGCCGAGGUGCUCUUGGACUCCUUCAUCGAAUCCAUGCUCUCGCAGGGUGUCAUGCGGUGGGCGGAAGAGAAGCUCGACGAGUUUGUGUCGCUGAGCCCGUCACAGGAGCUCUUGGGACAUGCGGCGCUCCAGCGAAUUCCGAGCUUCAGGGAGCUGGUGAAGACGGAGCAUGGCUCUGUGACCGUCCCCAGUCAAGUCCUUGAUCCAGAAACGGAGGUUGAGGUGCUGAUAAUGGCCUAUCACUCCUACGUUCAGGGCUGCCGGGAACGUUCUGUCAGCGAGUUGCUGCGGCUUCUUCAAGCUCGAGCAGAGUUUUAUGUGGCUCGGGGGCACUUCCAUUUGCUUGUUCGUCUGCUUGUUGCCAUUCCCGAGUACCACGCCAUGGAGUAUUUAUUUGGGCAUCUCGUUCGUCACGGUGAGUUGCACGCCCUUCUUGCUGAAGGAAGGCGACGAGGGCAGGAUGCCACGAAGUGCGGUCAGCACAUAGCUCUGGCUGUGGCCCUGAUAAGGUACUUGCAGGUGAAUUUUCCCCUCGACUUGGAAAUGCUGGUUCAGGUUCACUGCAGCUUCGGCUUAGAAGCAGAGCUGGCAGAGCUGCUGGAGACGAAGGCUGGCCAAGUGGCACUGCGUCUAGGCCGAAAAUGGACAGACAUCUGCUCUGAGGAUGGGGAGGAGCAGCUCCUGCUUUGCCUCUCCAUGUACCUCCAAUGUGCACGCCUGUUUCUCAAAGGGAAGCGCCACCAGCGCCAUUUGGUAGCCAAUGAGCUUGCCGCGCUUAUAUGCUUGCAGCUCAAGGCAGUGCAGAUCCACUUGGCUGCCUCUCUGCAUGAGCAGAAUGCUGCGACAGCUGGUCAGGAAAGCUUCGACUGGGCCGCAGUUCCCACUGACGGCCCGGAGUCCUUAGCGAAUGCCUUGGUAGAUGCGACGGGGCGACAGAAGGGCUGGGGGGAACAACAAGCGGUGGACGGGGCAGAAAACGGCACCGGAUGCGGACCUGAAGUCGAGGAUUCCUGCAUGGACAAGGACGGCAGCACAGGGCCAGCGCACAGCGAUGGUGAUGUCCCAGGUGCAGGCAAGGGGUUAUUGAGUGCGCCCCGGCAAAGCCUGGAACAAUCGCAAGUGUUGCCGCCAGCAUUGGGACCUGCUGGUGAUGUCUUCGUGGUCAUCAACUUGAUGCCCUCCGAGGUUGAGGUUUUCGCCGAGUACCAUCAGGACUUCAUCGCCACGCUCGAAGUCGUCAGCGCGUACCGCCACUCCUGCGGAGAUGGGCUGUUCAAGGUAUGGCCCAGAGCUUUAUACAGACAGGUGGUGUUGCUCGGCAACCGCUUGUACCUUCAGCUUUUUCUGCAGCACCUGCCGCUCUCCAAGGAUUGGCUCCAGGCUAUCGUUCAGUUGUAUCUGGAUGAGCCAUGUCCUGAGCAGUUCUCUUCUCGAAUGCUGCGGAUGAAGCAGUUCCUGCGAGAGGGAGUGACGAACCUGGAGACCCGGCACCAGCUGGCUCGCCAGCUCGGGCCUGGGUUUACCGAUGUUGCCAUCGAGACCGCCUCGCUUGUUUACAUGGCCUAG